ACGUUUAAAUGACAUAUAUUCAUACACUUACGUUAUAAAACAGAUAUGCAUACACUUUUCUACGGAUUUAUGAAAUAUUUAACAACUUCCUAAGUUAAGUUAUGUUGAAACUAUGCAAAAACGAGUUGAACUCAACAAUAACAACACUACCUAGAUGGAGAGUCAGAAGUCUAAGUGUAUAAUAGCAUCAAACAGUGGACUAAGGAGAACAGGGUUUACGAUUCUUGUCAUAACGCUGGUUGUAACAAUCAGUUUAAAAUUUGACGUUACACGCAUGUCCAGCAUUGCAGGUCAAAUACCCUUUGCACAACAGGAAACAACUAAACUUAUAGGUUAUUCCCCUAAGAUAUAUGGCAGUAGUGACCCGCGAGAUCCUGGAUUUUACAAUAUUAUACUUGAAGAAGAAGCACUCAGGUUUCAACCUUGUCAAGAUGUAAAGAAAACAGCUUCGGUACAACACUCCAAGAUAUCACUAACAGGUGAUGUAAAUGGGACUUACAAUAUCGGCGAUGAAAUUAGAACUAUUGUCACUCUAUAUGAUGGUUAUGGUAAACGUAAAUAUUCUGGAGGCGAUCAUCUGAGAGCGACAAUUGAAAACAAAAGUCUCAAUGCGUCAGUCCCUUGUGUGGUAACAGACAACAAAGAUGGAACGCAGACGGUGGCAUGCACGGCCUUAUGGAGUGGGACUUCAACAUUACACUUUGUUCUUGCGUAUUCAAGGGAGACAAUUACAACACAUUAUCGGAUCCGAACACAAGUCUUAGCCACCAGAAACAUAUACGGGAUGUUCAAAAGUAGAACUUACCGAGAAGAGACUGCCUGCCAUCCUAACCAUACUGAUCUGCUGAAACACACAAACUACACACAGCUUUGUAAUAUGACCUACAUUAACUCGGGGAUGCCGUUUUAUUGCGGAAAACCAAAGGAUGAACAUUUGCUGUGUCAAGACUGGCAGCUCGUACAUAAGCAUCAACCGUAUCCGAGACUUCAAAUCACAGAAUGUGAAAAAAUUCUAUUAAAGCGCGGACAACGUGCAUUUAAGCAAACUAUAACAGUUAAUAUACGAAGCCAGGGAAACAAUCACGUAUCUGUUAUACAGAAACCGUCCUUACCUUGUUCGUUGUACAAUAUUUCCCUUCUAUGGCGGUCCAGGGGACCAACUGGAUUCUCCUACAAAGGAAAAUGGAUUCUGCGUAACUGUCUUGGUUUUCAAGAGAACCUUUAUACGACGUGUCUUAACAAUAGGAGCUUAUACUUAAUUGGCGAUUCCACGCUUAGACAAUGGUAUACAACGAUUCUAAAGCGUUUUAAAUGUCAACCUAUUACGGAAAAAUGGGAAAAUGAAAAAUGGCAUAAAGAGGCAGAGUGUUACAACAAGCUAAUCGAUUUCAAAGCAGGAUGGUAUCCACACGCUCAACCGUUCUAUGUUGGACCCCGUUGGGAUGAUGUACGUUACACAUUAUACUCUACCUCUCGACGCAUAGACAAUAUAGCACGAAAUGAACGUGCCAUUGUAGUUAUACAUUUAUACAUGCAUAUGAUGCCCUUUCAUCAAAGCGUUUUUAAACAAAGGAUGGAAAUAAUUCGUGAAAGCGUUCACAAGUUUUUAGCAUAUAAUAAACAAUCCAUAGUAAUGAUAAAAGCACCACAUACAUUUAAGAGUACACCAAUCGGAGAUUUUAGAUUAUGCGACUAUUUUGGUUAUGUUUACAGUAAAAUUUUAUAUGAAGUAUUUGAAGGUUUACAUGACCGGGUUGUUUUAAUGAAUAAUAAAGACUUAACUAUAGCUCAGCACGUGAAAUGGAAUCACCCACCAGAAAAAAUUGUAAAUGCUAUGAUAGAUCAAACGUUAAGUUAUGUAUGUGAUCAGUGAACCUCACACACGCUGGUUUUAAUCAAAAGGUCCAAUGGUAUCUUCAUAGUAGUAGAGCGGUACAAUUGCCUAUAAGUGUUUAAUCUUAAAUCGGCUUUGAUAAUUAAGAAAUAAUAUAUCCCAAACAGUGAUUUUUCAUUGGAUAAAAUCAUUGUUUGGUGUUUAGAUGCGAAUGAAUUAUAUAAUGAUACGCAUUCAAACGACAAACACUGAUUUUAUGCAAGAAUAACUCACAGCUUGAGAUAUAUUAUUUCGAUUCUAACAUGUUGUCACGGAUUAUUAUAUACAUCCUUGACGCUAUCCAUCCAAUAUUUUCCUGUUUUCUGUUGGUUUCUUUUCCUGCGAACCGCUAUGCCGUAACAUUCUCUUAAAAGAACACAUGUAUUAAGAGAACCCCUUUUAAGUAACAUUUUGUUUUGUUUUAUGUUUUAUAGGGAGAAGUUAUUUUCGUAAAUGUACUAAGAGGCACUUUGUGUUAAGAGAUCUCGCAAUGCAUAUUGAAGUGAUUGUACUGCAGUAUUUUCCAAUACCAAAAUGUUUUUGUUUUUUUGGUUGGGAAUAAAUUGAAACCAGAAUAAUGUUAUUAUCUUACUCUUUGUCCAAUGAAAAAAUUCCCCUAAAAUGGCACUGUGAAAAUUGAACAAAUACAAGAAAGUUUACAUUGAGAACCAUUUACUGACUGUUUCAAACUAACCUUUAAUGAAGACUGGGUUGAAUGAAUAACCUUAUUUAUAGCUCUAGUUAAUAAUAAUUAUUGGUACGUUAAGUUUGUGAUUUCGUUACUUUACUUGUCUGUUAUCAGGUUAAAUUUGAAUUUCAGUUUAUUGUCUUCAGACGUUAAAUUUACUUGUGUUGAAUUACACACCAUACUUAUUUUUCAUUUGUCAUAAUACAAUACGUUCCUCUCAAUUGCAAUAACCGUCUAUAUUGGUAAAGUAAUCAUUAAAAGCUGAAUGCAACGACACAUCUGUUCUUAAUUGUACGACAGACCGUAUUAUUAAUAACAACUUUGCCAGUAUUGGGCAAUGACUAUGACUCAAUGCAGACUUAGAGCGCCGGUAUAAAUUACAGUCUCCGGUACAUACCGGAUUAAUUAAAUUUGAACGAAAAUAUCUUAAAUGUGUAUAUUUUGUAACCAUGGUGAUACUAACCCUAACCUUUAGUCAGUAUUUUAUGCAUAUUGUACACUUAAUGCAUGCGGACAUGCAAAAAUAUGCAUAUUUUUGCCGUGCGCUACAACUGAUAAUCACUUUCGGGCAUGCGCAGAAGACCGCUCCAAGUCUGCAAUGAGUUACCUCGUUGGGCAAUUGGCUCAUUUAUAUUUGAAACUCGAUAUCUCGAACACGCUUAUCUUAAAUUCCGGAUAUCUCGAGGAAAUUUUCAAGUCCCGUCCCGAAAACUAGUACAAAAAUAUGCCUUUGAGUCGAAUUCG